AUGAGCACUAUCUCUAGUGAGAAGGUCGUAGGACCGGGAGCCGAUGACGGCUACAAAUUUACAGCACGAGCCUGGCCCUCAUGGAAAAAAUGGACAGUGCUCACAGGAAUGUUGCUUGUGCAAAUUUCCCAGAAUUACAACGCGUCUGUCUUCAUGAGCGCGGCUCCGCAGCUGACGGAAAAAUUCAACAUUACUGCUGCCACGGCUCGAUUGGCUCAGAUGAUUUUCUUGGUCAUGUAUGCUUUUGGCUGUGAGCUCUGGGCGCCAUUCUCCGAGGAAUUUGGGAGGAAAUGGGUGAUUCAGACGUCUAUGCUUUUGGUCAAUGGCUUCAUGAUUAUUGUGGCGUUGGCUCCGAGUUGGCCUGCUGUCUUUGUGGCUCGCGCACUCGGUGGUCUUUCUUCCGCUGGAGGCUCCGUCACGCUUGGCAUGGUGGCGGACAUGUACUUCCCAGCAGACCAGUUCCAGGCCGUGGCUUUCACUUGCUUCGGUUCGGUUGUCGGUUCUGUCAUUCCACCGAUUGUGGGCGGUACUGUGGUCGAAAAGUAUAGUGGCCUCACUUGCAUCUGGAUUGCUGUCGCCAUCGGCUUCUUCACUCAGACCGUCCAUCUCUUUCUGCCGGAGACCCGUCUUGAACUUCUGCUUGAUGCUGGAGCGAAAAAGCUUCGCAGCCAAGACCCAGAGAACAAGGUUCAAGGCCCACAGGAAGCCAGAGGCACAUUCUGGCAACGCCUCGACUACGUACACAUUGCGAAACUCAUGUGGCGUCCAUACUGGCUUCUCCUGACGGAACCCAUCGUCCUGGCCCUGUCGUUGCUCUCCGGAUUUAGUGACUCGCUCAUCUUCUCCGGUCUCGAUGCCUUCGGAAUCAUUCUCCAGAAGUGGAACUUCACUGCUCCCCAGGUCGGCUACGCUUUCAUUGGAUUGUUGAUCGGAUAUUUGAUCUCAUACGCCAUUGGAGCAGGCCACUUCCGUCUCAACCCAGGAAGGAAGGAGAAGAACAACAGCGUGCCCGAGCAACGCAUGUGGCUGCUGCUCGUCACCGUCCUCGGACUGCCCAUCGGUCUUCUCGGCUGGGCUUUCUGCUCCCUCGGACCCGCAUACCACAUUCCCUGGAUCGCGGCUUUGCUCUCCGUCACCCUGAUCGGUGUUGCCAACUAUGCCAUCUACCUCCACACGAUCGACUAUCUCGUUGCCGCCUAUGGACCCUUUGCUGCAUCUGCCACUGGCGGCAACGGAUUUUGCCGUGACUUCCUCGCUGGACUUGCAGCUCUGUACACCGUCCCCAUGUACGAGAAUAUCGCCCCGGGAAGUGAUUGGCAGACGGUCUGGCCCACGUUCAUGCUGGCUGCCAUUGGCGCCGUGCUCGUCGUGUGCUUCUACCUCGUCUUUAUGUUUGGCGCCAAACUCCGUGCUAGGUCCAAGUAUGCCUCGAAUUUGGAACGAAUCCGCGAGCAGGAAACUGCCGACGCUCAAGGUGCUGUGGUCGAGCAAGCCAGUCGUGGCCUUUCCAAGGUCGCGUAG